AUGGCUCUGCGGCGCGCCGGUCAGGGUCCAGGUGAGCGUGGAGAGUCGGACAGGCAAGACUCACGACUCACGACUGAUGCGGACAUCAUUCACAAUUGGCGUGCACUUCACUUUAGCGUUGAACACAAGCUCAGUGCCCUGCUCGUUCAUCCACCCAGACACUUGCUGCAUGCUUUGCAAUCAGCGUCAUUGAAUUCGACCGCUCGCCAAGAAAGGCUCGCUGAUGUACAGGCGUUUGUCUGUGAUCUCAAAUCAAGUCAAUCCCGCCGCACCGGUAGCGUGGCCAGCUGGCGGAUUUACCGCGACAACACGAAGGGAGUUCGCCAGGUGAUUUACGAUUGUGAGUGCUCAGUCCAAGGCUUUGUGAUCAACCAGAAUGCUCCGGUGGCUAACAAGCCUGAGAGGGAUUCUUAA